UCGGUUCUAGUUCAGAGUCUGGAUGGGGACGCAGGGACGGCAGGGCCUGGGUGGGAGGCCCCAAGGGAGGGGCUGCCUCUUGCUGGCUGUGGCAGGAGCUACUUCCGUGGUGACCCUCCUGUUGGCAGUGCCUAUCACUGUCCUAGCUGUGCUGGCCUUGGUGCCCCAGGAUCAGGGACAUCAGGUUGAGAAGAUCACUGGCUCAGGAGCACAGGCUCAGAAAAGAGUGGACGACAACAAACCAUCCUGCCUCCUGCCCUCUGCCUCCAGCCUCUCAGAGACUCCUAACCCCCGUCUGCACCCCCAGAUAUCCUCUUCCAGGAAUCGAGGCUCCCCCUCCCAGGGCCCUGUCGCACGGCCCUCUCAGGAGGCAUCUGCGUGGGUGACCACCCUGUCUCCAGCUGUGGAUUCUACACCAGAUCCAGGGGUCCAACAGCUGCCAAAGGGGGAACCAGAAACGGAUCUCAGCCCCGAGCUUCCGGCUGCCCACCUCAUAGGCUCUUGGAGGACCGGGCAGGGGCUGGGCUGGGAGGCGAGCCAGGAGGAAGCGUUUCUGCGGAGCGGCGCGCAGUUCUCCGGUACCCACGGGCUGUCGCUGCCGCAGGGCGGCGUCUACUACCUCUACUGCCACGUCGGGUACCGGGGCAGGGCGACCCCUGCCGGCGGAAGCCGCGCUGGCACGCUCACGCUGCGCAGCGCGCUGUACCGCGCGGGGGGCGCCUACGGGCGGGGCUCCCCCGAGCUGCUGCUGGAGGGCGCGGAGACCGUGGCCCCUGUCGUGGACCGCAUCGGGUACGGGCCUUUGUGGUACACGAGCGUGGGGUUCGGCGGUCUGGUGCAGCUCCGGAGCGGCGAGAGGGUGUACGUCAACAUCAGUCACCCCGACAUGGUGGACUACAGGAGAGGGAAGACCUUCUUCGGGGCGGUGAUGGUGGGGUGACAGCCCUCUGCACCCUUGGAGGAUCGACUGGCGGUGCGAAUGUGUGAAUCCUGAUGUCUGGAGAGUCGGGAAGCCUGGGACCCCGUGAUCGGGGACUGGGGAGG